CUCAUUACAGCAGGCAGUCACUCCUUACACCCCAAAAGUGUGUUAUGAGGGCUCUAUUAGAAACAUAAACGUGGGUUUAUAGGCUUCCUCUAAACACACAAGUUUAAUCCUAUUCAUUAAACGACUAGACACCCCUGAUAAAUGCCAACCGGGUCGCCCAAGAGGACCAUCAUUCCAUGGCAAUGUUCUCCAGCCAGAUGACUUCCACUCCUUUCUCAGUGCGGGACAUAUUGAACCUGGAGCAGAAUCAGGAGGACUUGGUCUCUCUGGACAUGUCUCAGCGGCUGGACAGUGCCCUCAUUCCGACCUCAUCCUGCAUGCUGUCCACUUUCAAACAAGAGCAGUUCAUGGAAAUGCCAUCCGGAUCGUCUCUCUUCAGCGAAGACCUUCAGGACGACAAAGGCAACAAAAACAGCCCUCUGAACUUCGGGAACGCUGCCUUUUACGGGAAGAAUUUCCUAGAAAUGGACUUUGUUAAAGACGCAAAGACGGAUGACACUUUUGAAGACAAAGAGAAAAAAGACAUCAGCUGUUCUCAGGAAGAUCCGAGUGAAGAUCUGAAGCAGGAUGAUGCGGAUCGACCCAAACAGAGGAAAAGGAGGAAGCCUCGUGUUCUGUUCUCUCAAGCGCAGGUGUACGAGCUGGAGAGGCGCUUCAAACAGCAGAAAUACCUCUCCGCACCUGAGAGAGAUCAUCUAGCCAGCGUGCUCAAACUCACCUCUACACAGGUCAAGAUCUGGUUCCAGAACAGACGCUAUAAGUGCAAGAGGCAGCGUCAGGACCAGACCCUGGAGAUGGUGGGGAUCGCUCCUCCGAGACGCAUCUCGGUACCGGUUUUGGUUCGGGAUGGAAAGCCGUGUCUGGGCGACGCUUCCACAUACAACACCUCUUACAACGUGGGGCUCAAUCAUUUCACCUACAACAGCUACCCUGCGUUUAGUAAUUUCCCGAGUCCGGGCAACACGAACUACUCAUGCAACUACCCACCGAGCAUGUCCUCCAUCCAGCCCUCACAGUCCAGCAACAACUACAUCAACUUCGGAGUCGGGGAUCUAAAUAACGUGCAGGCUCCGUUUCAGUCCAGCAGCGGGGUUCCCUCACUACACGGCAUCCGAGCUUGGUGAACAAGAGAACUUUAGUUGCAUGUAUGGACAUUUAUAUUCAAAAAACAUUUUCAUAAUUGAUGAUUAGCCUACCAUUUGAAAAGACAGAAUGCGGGUCGGGAUGGUUUUGCUCUGUCAGAUGCAAGAUGCAUUCUUUCUUAUGCUUUAAUAUCUUUCCUAUAGCUAGCCUACGCAUCGUUUUCUUUAAAAACAUGUCUGAAUAAUUUGCUUGCACUUGAGUUAAAUUAUAAGAGAUAAACCGCACGUGAAAUAGUAGGUAGAUUAUUUAAAAAUGUCACCAAAUGUAUUACGAGGCCUUUAUAAACCUCGGAAGAAGUUCCCAUGUUUUAUUUUUCUUUCUUUCUUUCCAAGGCCAGUCUCGUUUUUAUAAAAAUGAACAGACCAUAAAUAUUAAGUGUAACCAAUAAAUGAAUUAAGAAAUAUUUGUGUGUAUAUCCAGAAAGUACCGCACGAAUGCGGCUCGAAUUAAAGUGUUGUUAUUCAUUUGCUUGUUUAAGUCUGAUAUGUAAACCUUUUAAAAGAAAAUAAUAAAG